AUGGAUUCAGAGUACCGAAAACUAUAUCUUAAUCACGAAAUCGCAGACAUUGGAGAUUCGCACCGAGUCAGCUGGUUGAAAUGGGAAUCAUCUUUCUGCAAUGCUGUGUUGACUGGCAUCACUAGUGCUGCCGGAAGGUCGCUGUCGUUCGAGUUGACACGACCCGCUCAAAAGUUCGAGGCAAUACAGCCCGCUUCAAAGGUGAUACUUCCUGCUCAUCGGUUGGUGCUGGUUGUGUUCGGGUUAAACAAGUAUUCUAAGCGGUUAAGUGUCCGUAGCGGUGCACCAUCUGGCCACGGGGAAACAUCAUCUUCUUACUUCAAUCGCGAUGCUAACAGCGUUUCCAGUGCAGGGGCCGUUAAGUUCAGCACGUCAUAUCUGCCUCCUUUCCUCAUCGAUAGUGGGGUGCGGAUCAAGACCUAUGAUGAUGAGAAAGAUGGUGUCAAAAGCGUGCCAUGUGAGCACUUAGUCAGGACUUGCAAAGAGUACCAGCUUAAGCCGCUUUCCCCUUGA